CCAAUGAGAGAGACUGACGCAUUAAAGACCAUAACAGUGAUAGGGAUCAGAAGCCAAUUUGCUUCAUCUGAUCUUUAGCUCAACAGUAAAGAAAAAAUUGGACCGAGAAAAUUCGAUAUCUAUGAAAAUCAAGAAUAAUAUUUGUUUCCAUAAAAUAAUUUUCCAGGGAAACUUCUUGCAAACUUCCUUUUCCCAUGUCUUCUGCAUAAAAUGGAUUGUUACAAUUUCACAAACCGUACAAAACAUUAACUACUUUCUCCAGCCAUUUGCAUAUAUAAAUCCAAACUUACCCCUUCACUAUGCUGUCAUCAUAUGUUCAAGAAACAUUAAAUUCUAAAGCUUCAACAUUUCAUGUUAAUGGUGACUUUCUCUUUGGUAACAUGUCUCCCCUUAGCAAGAACGACUUGCAACGGAUUUUCGAGAAGCUUGACAAGAAUGGGGAUGGCUUUGUUAGCCUGGAGGAACUUAAUUGGCUCCUGGAGAGAAUUGGAGUCCAGUUUAGCCUCGAGGAGUUGGAGUCCUUGGUGGGAAAACCAUUUCUCGACUUUGAUGAAUUCUUGUUCUUCUAUUAUUCUAUCUCGAACCAGAAUGCCGAUGGCGGAAAGAAGAAGAUUGAGCCAGUAGCAGGUAGUGAGGAGGAGUUAGAAUUGAUCGAUAGCCAUGGCGGUGAAGAAGAUAGUGACCUUGCCAAGGCAUUCAAGGUGUUUGACUUGAAUGGGGAUGGCUUCAUUUCUUGUGAGGAGCUUCAAAACGUGUUGGGAAGACUUGGUUUAUGGGAUGAAAGCAGCGGCAAAGACUGCCGAAGCAUGAUUUGCUUCUACGACACCAAUAUGGACGGCAUGGUUGAUUUUGAAGAAUUCAAAAACAUGAUGUUGCACUCCAUUUCUUAGUUCAUCAAGAUUUCAACUAGUGUGAAAAUUAUGGUUCGUUAUAUUGAUCAUAUAUGAUGGUCAUCCUUCAGCCAAUAUAAGCGUUUUUCUUUGAGUGUUGGUAGCAAAUAUUCUAUGAUGUUUUUCUCCAGUUUGUUCAUGAUUUUCUUCGGCAGAUCUUUGUAACAUGCUAUACUACAUAGAAUGUCUCGAUUAUUCCUUUUUUUUUUCUUUUUUCCUGUUUUGGAUAAGAGCAUGUAAUAUAUAGUAUAAC